UUAAAAUUCGAAUAUCACACAAAUUUUUAAAUAUUUUCUCAUCUAUUCCAAAAAAUGCUACUGGCAAAAUGUGAAAAUAAUGCUGAAUAUCUCUUUCUAGUUUCCUUGAUUUGUACUUUGGGUAACUAAUUUUCUUGAUUAAUAAAAGCCCCCAUGUUCCCUUUAUCCUACGUUCCCUGUGGGUUCUCUUCGGACUACUAAUGUUACCUAUGUUCCCUCGACUACUUAUGUUCCCUUCACCCCAUGUUCCCUUCGGACUACUUAUGUUCCAUUCACCCCAUGUUCCCUUCGGACUACAUAUGUUCCCUUCAGACUACCUAUGUUCCCUUCACACCAUGUUCCCUUCAGACUACUGGUGUUCCCUUCACACCAUGUUCCCUUCAGACUACUGGUGUUCCCUUCACACCAUGUUCCCUUCAGACUACUGGUGUUCCCUUCACACCAUGUUCCCUUCAGACUACUGGUGUUCCCUUCACACCAUGUUCCCUUCAGACUACUGGUGUUCCCUUCACACCAUGUUCCCUUCAGACUACUGGUGUUCCCAUCACCCCAUGUUCCCUUCAGACUAUUGAUGCUCCCUUCACUCCAUGUUCCCUUCGGAUUACUUAUGUUCUCUUCACCCCAUGUUACCUUCAGAGCCUUCACUCCCUAAUCUCUUCAAUAACGUCACCUCCACCUCGUGUUCCCGUCACCCUUGUUUCCUUCAGACCUCUAGUGGCCUUCUCUUCGGUUAUUCUACUGGUGUAACUAAUGGUGCUUCAAGCUUUAUUCAACUAGAUCUCCAACUUAAACCUGUAGAGGUUGGGUAUAUAACGGGUUCUUUACUUGUUGGCGCUGCUUUUGGUGCUUUAAUUGGGGGGCAUUUGGCGGACAAAUUUGGCCGUCGUCUUGUAACUCUUGCUAACAGUUUUGUAUUUAUUUUGGGAACUCUUGCUUCUUCUCUUUCACCUAAUUUAAUGUUUAUGCUUUUUGCAAAAUUAUUGUUAGGAUUAGCUGUUGGUUGUGCCUCUGCAGUUGUUCCUAUUUUACUUGCAGAAUUGGCUCCAUCUGAGAAAAGAGGGCAAAUGGUUACUCGUAAUGAAUUGAUGAUUGUUCUAGGGCAAUUUGUUGCCUUCCUUAGUAAUGCUAUACUUGGAACUAUUUGGGCAGAUGAUCCACAAAUAUGGCGUUGGAUGCUUGUACUAGGAAUUAUACCAGCUUUAGGAUUAAUGUUUGGGACGUGGCUAGUAGUUCCAGAAAGCCCCCGUUGGCUAAUAUCAACCUCAAACACAAAACAAGCAUUAGAAGUGCUUAAACAAGUAAGAGAGAGUGAAAUACAGGCAAUUAAUGAAUUGGAGGAAGUUGAGAAAUUAGUAGAGUAUGCUAGAAAAAUAAAUGAAGAAAAGGUGGAUAUUCUAACGAUGCUUUUGAAUGAAAGAUGGAUAUAUCGCUGUUUGUUAGUUGGAAUUGGGAUUGCUUUGUGUAAUCAAGUGACUGGUGUCAAUUCAAUAAUGUUUUAUGGAACGGAAAUUCUUAGAGAAACAGGCUUUUCAAAUCAAAUUGCUUUAAUGGCUAAUAUUGCUAAUGGGGUAAAGCAAGCUUUUUUUCUCAACUUAGACCUUCCCCGAUGUUUCCUUCGGGCAAUAUAA